AUGGGGAAGAGGUAUUUCUGCGACUAUUGUGACCGCUCUUUCCAGGAUAAUCUGCACAACCGCAAGAAACACCUGAAUGGAGUUCAGCACCAGAAGUGUAAGAAAGUGUGGUAUGAUCUGUUCAGAGAUGCUGCUGAAAUCCUUGCAGAAGAAGAGUGUAAGAAAUUAUGCAGACGUUUCCUUCAAACGGGCCAGUGUGACUUUGGUCCUUCCUGCCGAUUUUCACACAUGAGUGUUCAGGAUUUGGAUGCACUAAAGGCUAAAGUGGAAGCAGAGAGGAAGCUGAAGGAGGAGCAGAACAGACAGAUCCCACCUUGCAGGGUUGAUGCUUGGCUUAAAGAGAGAGCGAAGAGAGAGAGCUCACGCAGUGAAAGUGCCUCUGCAUCAGAAGGUCCCAUCUACCAUCUGCCACCAGGCUGGCCACCACUUUGUGAACUGCCACCAUCACUCCAUCCCCCCACACCUGCAGAUUGGAGUGUGUCAGAGGACUUGGAGUGGGGCUGA